UCUCGUUUGAUCAUCUUUCAUCUCACUGUGUGUGAAUAAGCAAAAUGGGUUCCCUACCAAGACCCGAAUCCAAGCCCCAUGCGGUCUGCAUACCCUACCCGGCACAGGGCCACGUCAACCCCAUGCUCAAGCUAGCCAAGCUCCUCCACCACCAUGGCGGCUUCCACAUCACCUUCGUCAACACCGAGUACAACCACCGCCGCCUCAUCAAGUCCGGCGGCCCCUCCGCCGUCGAAGGCCUGUCUGACUUCCGCUUCCACACUAUUCCGGACGGGCUGCCGCCGUCGGACGCAGACACCACCCAGGACGUCCCUUCCCUCUGUGUUUCCACCACCACCACUUGCUUGGAACCCUUCUGCGACCUGCUCUCGAAGCUCAACUCGGAAGCGCCGCCCGUGAGCUGCAUCGUCUCCGACGGGGUGAUGAGCUUCACGUUGAAGGCGGCGGAGAGGUUCGGGCUGCCGGAGGUGCUGUUCUGGACCACGAGUGCGUGUGGUUUCUUGGGGUACAGACAGUACCGCCGUCUUGUGGAGGAAGGACAUACUCCUCUCCGAGAUAUGAGCCAAGUAACAAAUGGGCAUUUCGAAACGGUGAUUGAUUGGGUUCCGGGAAUGAAGGAUAUUCGAUUAAGGGACUUUCCAUCUUUCAUUAGGACAACCGAUCCUAAAGACAUCAUGCUCAACUUUUUGAUACAAGAAGCCGAAGCCGCGCCCAGAGCCAAAGCAUUGAUCAUCAACACGUUCGACGCCUUAGAGCGAGACGUUUUGGACGCGCUGUCGGCCUCGUUUCCACGCAUUUACACCGUCGGCCCUCUCCAGUUGAUGAUGGAUCACGUUCAAGACGAAAGACUUGGCGCCAUGGCAUCUAGUCUUUGGAAGGAAGAUUUGAGCUGCAUGGAGUGGCUCGACACGAAGGAGCCUGAGUCAGUAGUGUAUGUGAACUUCGGCAGCAUAACUGUGAUGACGGCCGAUCAGAUGUCCGAGUUUGCAUGGGGGCUUGCUAAUAGCAAGAAGCCGUUUCUGUGGGUCAUUAGGCCGGAUCUAGUGGCGGGCGACAAAGCCAUGCUGCCACCAGAGUUUGUGACGGAGACUAAAGAUAGAAGCAGGUUGAUGAGCUGGUGCCCGCAAGAACAGGUCUUGAAGCACCCAGCGGUUGGAGGGUUCUUGACACACAGUGGGUGGAACUCGACGAUAGAAAGUAUAGUGGGUGGAGUGCCGGUGAUAUGUUGGCCGUUUUUUGCUGAGCAGCAGACAAACUGUCGGUUCAGCUGUGUGGAGUGGGGGAUGGGAAUGGAGAUAGACAACAAUGUGAAGAGGGGUGAGGUGGAGGCACUGGUUAAAGAGCUGAUGGAUGGUGAGAAAGGAAAGAAAAUGAAGGAGAAAGCCCUCGAGUGGAAGAGGAAAGCAGAGGAGGCUGCUGCUCCUGGAGGCUCUUCCUACCUGAAUUUGGAAAAUUUGAUCAAUGAAUUGCUUUUGCAAUAAGAAGUGAAGCCAACAAGAUUGAUUUACCUUAAUAGGUAAAUACUAAAGUGAGAGUUGUAUUUAUAUUAGUUCAGUUAUGGUCGAAUUACAAGAAUUGUCCUACUGUUUGAAUAAUUACGCUGGCAUUUGCUGUUAGUGAUUUCAUUUUGUGUCGAUGAUGUUUUCAUCUCACAGACGUGAUACUGGUAAGGGUAUUGAUGUAAUUUUUUGAACAAUAUGGAUGAUUUCUGUAAUUUAA